UGGUAUUUAUUUUUAGGGCAUAUGGUAUUUUUUAUAGGUGUCCGUGCGGUCACGCUGUUUUGCGGUCACACGGAAAAUAAGUUUUUAAUAAUUUUCAUCUUACACGUUUCGUAAAAUAUGGUGGACGAACAGUUAUCUAGCGCUUUGCGAGAUUUACCAGGCAAAGUUCUAAACGUGCCGGUUGAGGAACGACAACUUAUAUUCCGAAAUGUAUCGUCAGUUUUAAGAAAUCCUGGUAUAAAUUCAACCAUUAUUCGAGGCAUAUGUAAAGUGAUUGGAACUACGAUAACAAAGUAUAAGGAUCUUGCGUCUCAAAGAAUAGUUAGAGAGCUUCUUAUUGACCUUGCAACAAUUCACCAUGAUUUAACGAUUGAACAUAUGCUAAACGUCUUUAAAUCACUUUUGUUCAAAGAAUUUGCAAGUGCUCCACCUCAAAAAUCUUGUAAAUCGGCUAUUAUAGCAUUGGGAUGGAUAUCUCUACUACAGAAACAUGCAGACAGAAAUUCUAAUAUCUUUAAAACGGAAAAAAAAAGAAUAGUUGAAUAUCAGUCGCUAAUCUAUCAACUAACUUUAUUAUCUCCAAACCAAAAAAUUGCAGAUGCAAGAACAAAAAUAUUGUAUGAGUUAUGGGAUAGUACCCUAAUUUUUGAUGAAACUUUAGACAUAUUAUUUCAACUGGAAGCAACUAGUAAUGUUACCAUUAUGUUCAUGGUCAUGAUUCAAUUUGAAUCUAAAACCAAAAAGUCAGUUAUAUUACAAAACAAUACAGAGAAGCUGUCGGAAUACUUUGUAAAGAGCAUGAUUUCAUGCAAAUCCAAACCUGAUAAGUCGUUUAUUACAACCUGCCGCCCACUAUUGGAAUCGCUUACCGAAUCAGAAUUUGAUUCAUAUAUAUAUCCCCCUUUACAACGGUCGAUUUUACGAAGCCCAGAAAACACACUUGAAAGUAUUGGAUUAAUUUUUAAUAUGUUAAACUUUGAUUGCAGUCGUUAUGCUCGAAAAGUUGGAAAUGUACUUAUACAAAAUCUAUACAGUAAAGGGGACAUCGCACGACGAGAAUCACUUGAAUCUUUAAAGCUUUUAUCGACAAAAUGCUCUGAUUGGCUUAUUGUCAAAGAACUGUUGGAACAUAUUUUCUCUGUUUUAAAUGGAUCGGAUGGCAAAAUUAAUGUGAUCGAAUAUAGACUAAAUAUCUUACAGGGAGCUGGCUAUCUAAGCUUCAACAACAUAAAUCAAGACCAUUUGCCCAACAUUUUAAAUGAAGCUGUUACAUUAUUUUGGAAAGCGCUGGAGUGUGAAACUCAGGAAAAAGUAAUUUGUUGCAUGUUAGACAUGUUCGCCUUGUGGACCCAAAAAUUUACCAACGAAUUACCAAGUGUGGUUAUUAACAUUUUUAAAACUGGCAUUCGGCUGAAAAGCACAAAUCAAAUAAUUCGGCAAAGUUAUCUCGAAUGGCUUCUUUUAUCCAUACAAUGUACCGAGAUUAAUAACCAUAGUGCUAUUAUACCAGAUCUUAUUUCGUUUUACACUAAAGCAUUGCAAAACGCAUCACAACUAUGUAAUUUGACUGAGGCAGUCUGCAUAGCUUGUAUAAUGCUUAUUUUAGAAAAGCCAUCAGAAAAUUAUAACUUUUUUUGGACCACAGUUUUUGAUAUGAACAAAAAAUAUUUCUUUAAUGAAAAGAUUACUGCAAUAGCCCCGACCGAGACUUUAUGCAAUAUAUCAUUAAUGACAAGAAUAUUGCUCAAUUCAUAUCAUGACAAAAUUAGAGGGGAAUUGGAACCAAUAGUUCGCACUUUAAUUUACAACUUAUGUAGCAAUUCAGUAAAGGUUCGAAAUUACACUACUGGCCAGGUAAAAAAAAUACUAAGUGCUUCAAAAGGAAUAGAGUUCGUGAAGUUAGCUAUCUAUGAAUUUGGUAAACGCAUUAGUUUAGUCAACAUUCAAAAUGACGGAGACACUUCAAUUGAUCAAUUUGGAACUCCAACACAAGCGUAUGUAGACGCGUUAGUAUGUUUGACCAGUAUAAACGAUAUUUCGUAUAAUGAAGCUAUGGAUGUUGCUAUGGAACUUUUACUUAUAUCACACCAUCCUGCAAUUGUAUUGAAUGAGCCAUACUUAUGGGAAAUAACCAUUCAGAGACAUUUUAGUUUAGAUCCAAAACAAUUAAUAUUGGCUAAAAAUAGUGAAAUAGUUAAUAAAUAUAUUAACAAUUUUAUAAGUAAUGCGCAAUACGAAAACACCAUAUCAGCAUUAGUUCGAAUUUGUCCUAAUCCUAUUGUACCAACAGUUGUAAAUCACUUAAAAACUUAUCUUUGCAAUUCUACCAAUUAUCACUCUUCCAAUGAGGAAUAUUUGACAUAUUUGACUCCAGAAGGUGAGUUGUAUGAUAAAAGUGUAAUACCUCAUAUAGACUCACAAUAUGAAACUGUUCGUAUUAAAAGAGAAAAUAAAGUUUACAGUUACAAGGAACAAUUGGAAGAGAUUCAACUUCGUCGUGAAAUUGAUGAGAAAAGAGAAAAAGAAGGAAAAUUAAAAACUAUAAAAUAUACUCAAAAGCAGGAAGAGCAAAUUAAAACUCAAAUGGAAAAAGAGCUAAGAGUAAAGUUACGGAUUCACAACCUUUAUGAAAAAUUAAUAUCUAAAAUAAGCUUGCUUAAAGCAUCAUGUUCUGGAAAUGGAGAACAAAUGUCACAACAUUUUUAUGCUUUGUUGGACCAUAUUUUGCAAGCUUCAAAGAGCCCUUUGAGUGCAGAGGUUCUUACAGAUCUUUACUUAUACUUACGCAACUUGUGUUUUACUUUCCAGCCAAAACUUGGACGUGACAUUGCAGUAGCGACAAUCAAGCUUCAAGGCCCGUCAUGCAUUUUAAAAGAGGAAUAUGAAGCUUUAAAUAUAAACAAAGCUAUUAAUGAUAUUAUAUUCGAUCUUGACAAUCAUGUUAAAUCAAACUUACUUGACCCUCCCUCAUUUUCUUAUGCGUUUGAGUUUCUAAAGCGUGCUCUAUUACUGUUAAACAAUGAUUCAAACAAUGAACUUAUUUCGAAAGGCAUACAAAUAAUAGCUAGGCAUACAAAUGAUGAGGUUAACUGUAAGCCGCAGUUUAUGCCUAGAUAUGGUAUGAUUGAAGUUUUGUUAUAUAUUUUUAAAAAUAACAAUAAACUCGCAGCACAGACGUCUGAUGCCAUCUUAGAAGUAGCGAAAUCUUCAAAUGGUAGUAUUUCCAAUGCUACCCCGGAUAACCAAAUUAUAGAUAUAUUUCUACAAUCCCUGCAAUCUAAUACUGACUCGGUUAGAAAAGUUGCGUUAAAAUCCUUGAAAAUAAUGGUAGAUGGAAUUGUAAAUCACCUUAAAAUUGAUAAUAGUCUUAAAAAAAAAGUUGUAACUCGAUAUUGGAUAGCAAAAUAUGAUACAGAGGUAGAAAAUAGGGAACUGGCCCUCCUUAUUUGGAAUACUACAAACUUUGCCUUACCCGGAAUUGACGAUAUAAUUUGUGAUGUCACACACCCCGAACUAUGUAUCCAAAAAUCAGCUUCAGAAUCCUUAGUCCCACUAUUGGCUGACGAAGAAAACAUAAGAAAAUGCCUAAUAAAGAAAUUAUUUUCAAUUUACAAUGAAAAGUUAUCACUAAUACCUCCAGUAUUGGAUAAAUUUGACCGUGAAAUUGAGCCUGCUACAGAUCAAUGGAAACCUCGAAGGGGUGUUGCCAUUGCAUUCUCCACUAUCGCUCCAUUAUUAUCUAUUGAUGACAUUGAUGUUAUUAUGAAUUUUAUGGUAUCACACGGGCUUGGUGACAGAGACGAUAUCGUACACAAAGAAAUGCUAGCAGCUGCAUUAAAGAUAGUUGAUUUACACGGAAAUAAAACAAUAGUGAACUUGUUACCUGUGUUUGAAGAUUUUCUCGAUAAAGCGCCAAAAUCUCAAAGUUAUGAUAAUAUUCGCCAAGCUGUUGUUAUUCUGAUGGGUUCGUUAGCACGACAUUUGGAAAAGGAUGACAAGCGAAUUGAUCCUAUUGUUAAAAGAUUAUUAACAGCAUUGUCUACUCCGUCACAACAAGUUCAGGAAGCGGUCUCGAACUGUUUACCCCAUCUUAUGCCAUCCGUGAAAGAGGAAGCCCCCGCAAUGAUCAAAAAAUUAUUACACUCAUUGGCAAAGUCCGACAAAUACGGCGAGAGACGCGGAGCUGCCUAUGGUAUUGCCGGCAUAGUUAAAGGUCUUGGUAUUUUAUCCCUUAAACAAUUAGAUAUAAUGUCGAAACUGACAGCUUAUAUUCAAGAAAAAAAAAAUUAUAGAUCCAGAGAGGGAGCUUUGUUCGCUUUUGAAGUUUUAUGCACUACACUUGGUCGUCUAUUUGAACCUUAUAUAGUUCAUGUGCUACCACACUUGUUGCAAUGCUUUGGUGAUCCCUCCCAAUAUGUAAGACAGGCAGCCGAUGACACAGCAAAAGUAGUUAUGGGAAAACUUUCCGCGCACGGAGUUAAACUAGUUCUUCCUUCACUUUUGGAAGCUCUUGAUGAAGACUCGUGGAGAACAAAAACAGCCUCUGUUGAAUUAUUAGGGGCAAUGGCAUUCUGUGCACCGAAGCAACUGUCAUCUUGUCUUCCUAGUAUAGUGCCGAAACUAAUUGAAGUCUUGGGAGAUUCCCACACUAAAGUACAAGAAUCUGGUGCGGAGGCUCUGAAAGUAAUUGGGUCCGUUAUUAAAAAUCCUGAAAUUCAAGCUAUUGUUCCCGUGCUUUUGGAUGCGUUGGAGGAUCCCUCUAAUAAUACAUCUACUUGUCUUCAAAGCUUACUAAAAACUAAAUUUAUACAUUUUAUUGAUGCUCCGUCUUUAGCAUUAAUUAUGCCAGUGGUGCAACGUGCUUUCAUGGACCGAUCCACAGAAACUAGAAAAAUGGCCGCACAAAUAAUAGGAAAUAUGUAUUCUCUAACGGACCAAAAAGAUCUAGCACCGUACUUACCAAGUAUAAUUCCUGGCCUUAAAUCAUCCUUAUUAGAUCCAGUCCCUGAAGUGCGUGCUGUAUCAGCUCGAGCACUCGGUGCUAUGGUGAAGGGUAUGGGUGAAAGUUCAUUUGAAAAUUUAUUACCGUGGCUUAUGGAAACAUUAACUUCCGAGUCUAGCAGUGUGGAUCGCAGUGGAGCAGCACAGGGCCUAUCCGAGGUAGUUGGAGGACUUGGUGUCGAGAAAAUGCAUAAACUUAUGCCAGAAAUAAUUUCGACAGCAGAACGAUUAGACAUUGCUCCACAUGUGAAGGAUGGAUACAUAAUGAUGUUUAUAUACAUGCCUGGAGCAUUUCCAGAAGCAUUUACGCCAUAUAUAGGGCAAAUUAUCAAUCCAAUCUUAAAAGCUUUAGCGGACGAAAGCGAAUAUGUUCGCGAUACUGCUCUCAAGGCAGGACAGCGAAUCGUUAAUUUAUAUGCAGAAACUGCUGUGGCACUGUUACUUCCCGAGCUUGAAAAAGGAUUAUUUGAUGAUAACUGGCGGAUUAGAUAUAGUUCAGUUCAACUACUAGGAGAUUUAUUGUACCGUAUAUCUGGAGUAUCUGGAAAAAUGACUACAGAAACAGCAAGUGAAGAUGAUAAUUUCGGCACCGAACAUUCUCAUACUGCUAUUAUUCGCUUUUUAGGAGAUGAACGUAGAAAUAGGGUAUUAUCAGGACUUUACAUGGGACGAAGUGAUGUUUCGUUAAUGGUACGGCAAGCUGCGUUGCAUGUCUGGAAAGUUGUUGUGACAAAUACUCCGAGAACUUUGCGCGAGAUUCUUCCAACAUUAUUUGGUUUACUUCUAGGAUGUUUGGCUAGUACAAGUUAUGAUAAAAGACAAGUGGCUGCUCGAACUUUAGGUGACUUGGUAAGAAAACUAGGGGAACGAGUUUUACCAGAAAUUAUACCUAUUCUUGAAAAUGGUUUAAACUCCGAUCACCCUGAUCAACGCCAAGGAGUCUGCAUUGGCUUAUCUGAAAUAAUGGGAUCUACAUCAAAAGAAAUGGUACUUACCUUUGUGCAUAGUCUAGUUCCUACUGUCCGCAAGGCUUUGUGCGAUCCAUUGCCUGAAGUUCGAGAAGCAGCAGCUAAAACAUUUGAAUCGUUACAUAGCACAGUUGGCUCUCGGGCGUUGGAUGAUAUCCUGCCGUUUAUGCUAGAAGGUCUCUCAGACCCGGAUCCCUCUAUUGCUGAGAAUACUUUGGAUGGCCUUAGGCAGGUAAUGUCCAUUAAAUCAAGAGUAGUUUUGCCAUAUCUAGUGCCCCAACUGACUUCUCCACCAGUAAAUACAAAAGCCUUAUCUAUUCUUGUAUCUGUCGCUGGUGAAGCGUUAACAAAAUACCUGCCAAAAAUAUUAUCAGCUUUAUUAGAGGCCCUAUCAGAAGCCUACGGAUCUCCGAAUGAACAGCAGGAGAUCGAUUAUUGUCAAACGGUUAUAUUGUCGGUAACCGACGAAAUUGGAAUUCGAACAAUAAUGGAUACAUUACUUAUAUCAGCAAAUUCUUCUGACCUAUGCACUCGUAAAUCAUCAGCAAGUUUACUAUCUGCAUUUUGCAUUCACUCACCAGGAAAUUACUCGCAAUACAUUCCUCAACUUUUAAGAUGUUUACUUAAACUGUUGGUUGAUAAUGAUAAAGAAAUAUUACAAAAAUCUUGGGAAGCUCUCAAUGCUGUAAUUAAAGGUCUGAAUGCCGCACAGCAAAUCUCUCAUGUGUCUGAUGUGCGCCAAGCAGUUAGGUUUGCAGCAAGCGAACUAAAAGGACCGGAGCUUCCUGGAUUUUGUUUGCCAAAAGGAAUUACUCCGCUGUUACCAGUUUUUCGAGAAGCUAUUUUAAAUGGAUUACCUGAGGAAAAAGAAAACGCUGCACAAGGACUAGGAGAAAUUAUAUUCUUAACCAACGCACAAUCAUUGCAGCCUUCUGUAGUACAUAUAACUGGUCCAUUAAUUCGAAUACUAGGUGACCGUUUUAAUGCAGCCGUUAAGGCAGCUGUAUUGGAAACUUUGUCAAUUUUGCUUCAUAAAGUGGGUGUCCUAUUGAAGCAGUUCUUACCACAACUUCAGACCACAUUUCUUAAAGCGCUGCAUGACCAGAACAGAAACGUAAGGAUGAAAGCCGGAAAAGCUUUAUCUGAAUUAGUAGCAAUUCACUCUAGAGCAGAUCCCUUAUUUAAUGAAAUUCAUAACGGAAUAAAAAAUUCAGAUGACUCUUCUGUUAGAGAAACAAUGCUCCAUGCUCUUCGCAGUAUUGUUAGUCGAUCUGGAGAUAAAAUGUCGGAACCAAUAAAAAAACAAACUUAUAUUACCUUAUUAAGUAUGAUUGGCCAUCACGAAGAUGUCACACGCAAUGCCGUUGGCGGAUGCUUGGGGGCGAUGUUAAAAUACAUAGCGCCUGGACAAGUAGAGGAUUUAUUUAAUAAUUUAAUACUGACGGAUAGUACGGAUGAUCUAUUAGUAAAGCAUGGAUACACAAUAGUUUUGUUUGUAGCUUUAAAAGAAUGUCCCAACGAAUUACUUUCUUCAAAUCUGCACGAAAAGAUUAUAUCUUAUGUUUUGGUCAAUAUUUCAUCAGACAAAGUGUCAAUUGCUGGCAAUGCAAUAAGAGCUGCUACUUAUUUUUUGGAGCACUAUCUCAUCAAUAAUUAUGAACUCCCUCUUAAUGUUGUAAUAGCAUUAGCUAGAGCUAUGAAUCAUUCUAGCAACGAUGUUAAACAAUUGGUUGCAAAAAGUUGUACCCACCUUUCUAAAAGUUUAACAGCUGAUCAAAUUAAUCUUGAAGUUUUCAAAUAUUUAGUCCCCAUGCUAGUGAACGGUACUAAGGAAAAGAAUGGAUACGUUAAAUCAAAUUCAGAACUAGCAUUAAUUUCCAUUUUAAGGUUAAGAACUGACGAUUCGACUUAUACAAAAAUUUCAGAUAUUUUAGAAUCAGGUGCUAGGGAUUCAUUAAUUGAUGUUGUAACAAAAGUUUUGAAACGUGCAUCUCCGCAAUCCAUUAUAAAAGAAGAAGAACUUGAUGAUACACUUCAAACAUAAUUGCAAACUUUUUUAAAACAAUAAAUAUAAUUUGCUCUAAAAACCA